AUGGCUCUUUUAAGUGAAAUAGCAUGUCGUGUAAUCAAAACUUGUCGAGCUAUGGGUAUCAAAACUGUAGCGGUUCAUUCGGAUGUGGAUAGUGCGUCACUACACGUUAAAUUAGCAGAUGAAGCUGUUUGUGUGGGUACAGCACCGACUAGUGAAUCGUAUCUCCGUGCUGAUAGAAUUUUGCAAGCUGUUAAGGAUACCGGAGCUCAAGCAGUACAUCCCGGUUAUGGUUUCCUUUCAGAGAACACUGAUUUUGCUGCAAAACUCGAGGAAACUGGUGCAGUUUUUAUUGGACCGAACUCAAAAGCAAUACUUGCUAUGGGUGAUAAAAUCCAUUCAAAACGAAUUGCUACUGAAGCUCGCGUGAAUAUGAUUCCAGGUUAUGACGGAGAAAUCGAUGAUGAAGAUCAAUGCGUCAAAGUUGCAAAUGAUAUUGGUUAUCCGGUUAUGAUCAAGGCUUCAGCUGGUGGUGGUGGUAAAGGAAUGCGUAUUGCGUGGAACGAUAAAGAAGCUCGAGAUGGAUAUCGUCUUUCCAAGCAAGAAGCCAAGUCAUCUUUCGGUGAUGAUCGUAUGCUUGUUGAGAAAUUCAUUGAUAAUCCUCGUCACAUUGAAAUGCAAGUUUUAUGUGAUAAGCAUGGAAAUGCUCUCUGGUUGAAUGAGCGUGAAUGUUCUAUUCAAAGGCGUAAUCAAAAGGUUAUCGAAGAAGCUCCAUCAUCGUUUGUGGAUCCUGAUAUGCGUAAAAGAAUGGGCGCUCAAGCAACUCAGCUCGCCAUUGCUGUUGGUUAUGACUCCGCUGGUACCGUAGAAUUUCUUGUUGAUUCGAAAAAAAAUUUCUAUUUUUUGGAGAUGAACACUCGUCUCCAAGUUGAACAUCCAAUCACAGAAGCUAUUACCGGCUUGGACAUUGUUCAACAAAUGUUACGCGUUGCUUAUGGCCAUAAGUUGAAAAUCACGCAAAACGAUAUUGGUAUUAGAGGUUGGGCAUUUGAGUGUCGUGUUUACGCAGAGGAUCCUUAUAAAGGAUUUGGUUUACCGUCAGUUGGGCGCCUUACGAAAUACGAAGAGCCUCACCGCAAUGUAAAAGGAGUGCGUUGUGAUUCGGGUAUACGCGAAGGAUCUGAAAUUUCUAUCUACUAUGAUCCUUUAAUUUGUAAACUUGUGACGCAUGGGAAAGAUCGUGAACAGGCUUUGAAUCGCAUGCGUGAUGCUUUGGACAAUUAUGUGAUUCGUGGUCCAACUCACAAUAUUCCACUUUUACGCGAUAUUGUUGAAGAGAAACAAUUCAGAAGUGGUAAUAUUACAACGAAAUAUUUAAUGGAAACAUAUCCAGAAGGAUUCGGGGGAGCGAAACUAUCGAAAUCUGAGGAAUGCCAUCUUACAGCACUUGCGGCUGCAUUGCAAGCACAUAAAUCUGCUCGAGCACAACAAUUUACCAAUCAAAGUCGUCAACGUGCUACUGUUUAUGAUUCCUAUUCACAUAAGUAUGAAUUUGUUGUUGAGAUGCCACGACAUGAGGAUGAACCAUAUCAUCGUGCCAAUGUACAAGUAACAUUCCCUCAAAACAAAAGUAAUUUCGCGCAGGUUAUGGUUGAUGGUGAAAAAGUCGAUAUCCAUGGUGACAUGAAUCUUGCUCAAUCGGUUCUUCAUUUUACAGUGAAUGGCAAACCAAUGACUAGUCAAAUCGCUUCUAAAAAACCAUGGCAGUUCACUUUGAUCUUUAAAGGAUCACCGUUCAAAAUGAAGAUUAUGCCUGCUUUCGCCCAAAAUAUGUUGCAAUUCAUGAAAGAAAAACCAAAGCUUGAUUUAUCGACAGUUGUUAUUGCACCUAUGCCUGGAGCUAUAAAAUCAGUUUCGGCAACAGCUGGAAUGAUGGUUUCUGAAGGCCAGGAACUAUGUGUUAUGGAGGCAAUGAAAAUGCAAAAUAGUCUUUUAGCCGGCAAAACUGGCAAAGUGAAACAAGUAAAUUGCAAACCAGGUGAUACGGUUGACGAAGGAUUCAUUUUAAUCGAAUUAGAUGUUCGAAAGGAGGAAAUUUUCGAGGAUUUCGCUCGUCUCUGA